AUGACUACAUCCAACAAGAGCUUCCCUUUCGAAAUUCGAGAUAUCGAACCUGAACAAGUUGAAAAAUGGAAGCAAUCUUAUCAAAAAAAUAUGAACCCAUGUACAUCGCGUUUUGGACCCAAAGGUUACCUCUUCCCUAGAGAUUUUGAGAACGUUGGUAAAAAAAUAUACAACAUGGAAAUUAGACCGAGUGAUACCUUUGUUGUAACUUUACCUAGAUCAGGUACCACGUGGACGCAGGAAUUGGUUUGGCUUAUUUUAAACAACUUUGAUUAUGAAAAGGCAUUGGAAACCCCGCUCACCGUAAGAUAUCCUUUUUUAGAAACUGAGGCGUUUGUGAAUCAUAAUGAAAUGUCGAGUAUGCCAUACGACAAAGAGGUUAUAAAGGCGUUAGAGGCAAACAUGCCACCAGUGCAAGAAAUUGAGUCUAUGGCAUCCCCUCGAUUUAUCAAAACACAUCUGCCAUUAUCUCUUCUACCACCCAAGCUAUUGGACACUUGUAAAGUUUUUUACGUAGCUCGGGACCCUCGUGACGCAGCUGUGUCAACUUACCAUCAUAACAAAUUUUGUAAUUACCUCCAAGACGGCGUGGACUUCAAAACUUAUUGGGAAUUCUUUAUCAAUGAUUUAGUUCCCUGGACACCAUUCUUUGAACACGUUAAAGAAGCGUGGCAAAUGCGGAACCAUGAUAACAUGUUCUUUUUGUUCUACGAAGAGCUUUCUAAGGAUCUGCCAGCUUGUGUACGUCGCGUUGCCAAAUUCCUGGGCAAACCGAUAACUGAGGAACAAAUAGAAAAACUAUGCGAACACCUUAAAAUUGAUAAUUUCAGAAAAAAUAAAGCCAUUAAUUACGGUAACCUGAAGUUUACUGGAUUAUUUAAUGACAAAGAGAGUUUUAUAAGAAAAGGCAAAGUUGGCGGUUGGCGAGACUAUUUUGAUGAAAAGAUGACUGAACAGGCACAACGAUGGAUAGAUGAGAACUUGCGUGAUACCGACUUGCGUUUUCCUCAUUAA